AUGAGGCCCCUGUGCGAUGUCACACAAUGUCACAGCGCUGCUGGAGGUGGCUGCGGCCCGGCACGGGAUGGUGCUGCAGUGGUGGAGCAUGACAUCACUGGGGUGCCCAGGAUGCUGGUGCUGUGCCUGCUGUCCCUGGCCUGGCUCAGCGAGGGCUCCCAGCGCAGUGAGCCCAUGUUUGUUGCUGUUACCCACCAUCUUCUCCCACCUGACUACGACAGCAACCCCACACAACUCAACUAUGGUGUGGCUGUCACUGACCUGGAUGCCGAUGGUGACUUCGAGAUCGUGGUGGCAGGGUACAACGGCCCCAACCUGGUGCUCAAGUACGACAAGGCACAGGGGCGGCUGGUGAACCUGGCAGAGGACGAGUGGAGCUCCCCGUACUACGCACUGCGGGACCGGCAGGGCAAUGCCAUCGGCGUGACAGCCUGUGACAUCGACGGGGACGGCCGUGAGGAGGUGUACUUCCUCAACACCAACAACGCCUUCUCCGGCAUGGCCACCUACACAGACAAACUCUUCAAGUUCCGCAACGGGCGCUGGGAGGACCUCCUGAGCGACGAGGUGAACCGAGGCGUGGCCAGCCGCUUUGCCGGGCGCUCCGUUGCCUGCGUGGACCGGAUGGGUGCUGGCUGCCCCCUCACCCCAAGGCUGCUGUCCCCAGGGGGCCGUGGAGUGGCUGUGGGCCCCAUCCUGAGCGAGAGUGCCUCUGACAUAUUCUGCGGUAAUGAGAACAGCCCCAAUUUUCUCUUCCACAACCGGGGUGACGGGACGUUCCGAGACAUGGCAGCUUCUGCAGGGCUGGAUGACCCCUACCAGCAUGGACGUGGUGUGGCACUGGCUGACUUCAACCGCGAUGGCCGGGUGGACAUCGUCUAUGGCAACUGGAACGGGCCACACCGCCUCUACCUGCAGAGUGGGGGUCCUGGGCGCAUCCGAUUUCGGGACAUCGCCACCCCCAAGUUCUCCAUGCCGUCCCCUGUCCGCACCGUCAUCGCAGCCGACUUUGACAACGACCAGGAGCUGGAGGUUUUCUUCAACAACAUCGCCUACCGCGGCUCCUCUGCCAACCGCCUCUUCCGGCUCAUCCGCAGGGAGCACUCAGACCCCAUUGUGGAAGAGCUGAAUCCAGGGGAUGCGUUGGAGCCUGAGGGACGGGGCACGGGGGGUGCAGUGACAGAUAUUGACGGAGAUGGGAUGCUGGACCUGAUCCUGUCCCACGGCGAGUCCAUGGCACAGCCCAUCUCCAUCUUCAAGGGCACCCAGGGCACUGGCAACAACUGGCUGCGUGUCAUCCCCCGCACUCGCUUCGGGGCCUUUGCUCGGGGGGCCAAGGUGGUGCUGUUCACCCAGCGCAGCGGGGCCCACCUGCGCAUCAUUGACGGCGGCUCAGGGUACCUCUGCGAGAUGGAGCCUGUGGCACACUUUGGACUGGGGCAUGACAAAGCCAGCAGCCUGGAGGUGACGUGGCCAGACGGCCGUGUUGUGGUGCGAGCUGUGGCCAGCAGUGAGAUCAACUCGGUCCUGGAGGUUCCCUACCCCCUGGAUGUUGAGGAGCCACUCAUGCCUGCCCCUCUGGAGUGCGGGCAGGGAUUCUCCCAGCACGAGAACGGACGCUGUGUAGACAUGGACGAGUGCACAGAGUUCCCCUUUGUCUGCCCCCGGGACAAGCCCGUCUGCAUCAACACCUACGGCGGGGACCGCCUCCGGAGCGACAAGCCGCAGGCGCCCAACGAGGACGGCACAGCGUGCGUGGCUCAAGUGGCCUUUUUUGGGGGAUAUCCCUCUGCUGGGAGCUGGAGCCAGCUGGAGGACACACUGUGGACCUGGACAUCUCUGCAGCAGCAGGGCUGUGCUGCCUUCCUGCCCGUGUGCUGUAACCCUAUGUCACUCUUCCCACCACCAGACAUCAACGAGUGUGCCCAGGGCUUACACAACUGCAGCCAGCUCUGCACCAACACCCCUGGGGCACACCCCUGCCGAUGCCACCCAGGCUUCCGUCCCCUCGACCCCACUGCCAGGCACUGCUUGGACAUCAACGAGUGUGCCCAGGGCUUACACAACUGCAGCCAGCUCUGCACCAACACCCCUGGGGCACACACCUGCCGAUGCCACCCAGGCUUCCGUCCCCUCGACCCCACUGCCAGGCACUGCUUGGACAUAGAUGAGUGCCAGGCACAGCCUGGCCCAUGUGACCACAUCUGCCACAACAGCCCUGGCUCCUUCCACUGCCACUGCCACCACGGCUUCUCCCUGGUGGCAGGAGGGCGCUGCCAGCACAACUAG